CCUCGCCAUUACGGACACGGCCACGGCCACGCACACACCGCUCCGCCCUCUUUCUCUCUCCUCACCGAAGGGACUCCAACUUCUCGCCACAAAGAACGUACGGACCAACGCACGGAGGGAGCCUAUGAGGACGAGGCGCGGAGCGUGCUACUCCUGCCACGCGGGCGAGGGGCCGGAUGUGCACCGCCGGAAGAAGCGCCGGACUGCGGCGGAGGGGUCGCUGGCGGUUUCCGGCGCUCCUGCGGGGUGCGGCGGCCUGGGAGACAUGUUCGAGGAGCUGCCUGACGAUCUGGUGGUGUCCAUACUGGCCGACGUCGCGGCGUCCGCCGGCUCGCCGGCCGACCUCGCCGGCGCCAUGCUCACGUGCAAGAGAUUCAGGGAGCUUGGGCAGAGCAGGGUGGUGCUCGCGAGGGCGUCGCCGAGGUGUCUCGCCGUGCCGUCAAAGGCCUGGUCGGACGAGGCUCACCGGUUCUUGCAGCGUUGCGCGGACGCCGGCAACCUCGAGGCAUGCUACCUUCUUGGCAUGAUCCGGUUCUACUGCCUGGGGAGACGGGGGUCGGGGGCGGCGCUGAUGGCGGCGGCGGCGGUGGGUGGCCACCGGGAGGCGCUGUACUCGUUGGCUGUCAUCCAGUUCAACGGCAGCGGCGGCAGCAAGGAUGAUCGCGACCUCCGUGCGGGCGCCGCGCUGUGCGCGCGCGCGGCGUCGCUGGGCCACGUGGACGCGCUCCGCGAGCUCGGGCACUGCCUGCAGGACGGCUACGGCGUGCGCCGGUCCGUGCUCGACGGGCGCCGCCUCCUCAUCCAGGCCAACACGCGCGAGCUCGCCGCCGCGGUCACCGCGUCGGCCUCGCUGCUCCGCGCCGGCAACACCGGGAACAACGGCGGCAAAGCGUCGCGGCGGCACUCGUGCCUGCUGAGCGACUUCGGGUGCCGCGCCGCGGCCGGCGAGACGCACGCGGCCAACCGGUUCCUGGUGGACUGGUUCGCGUCGCGGCCGCUGGUAGCCUCCUCCGUCGCUGUCGCCGGCUCCGGCGCCGGGACCGCAUCAGCGGACGAAGAAACCGGCGGGGGCCUGCGCCUGUGCUCGCAGGCUCUGUGCGGGCGGCCGGAGACGAGGCGGCACGAGUUCCGGCGGUGCUCGGUGUGCGGCGUGGUGAACUACUGCUCGCGCGCGUGCCAGGCGCUGCACUGGAAGAUGGCGCACAAGGCGGAGUGCACUCCCAUGGACCGGUGGCUCGACGCCGAUGACGCCGCCGUGGCCGCUCCGGCGCCGUGACCCCCUGCUCCCGCGUCCGUUUCUUGUCGCUUAGCGACACCAGUAUCUACUCCUGUCCCUGCCGUUCUUUCUUUUUCUUCCUGUCGUUUUUCGCCACCGUCUGUACAUGGCUGGUAGCUGAGGUAACAUUACGUCAAAAGCAAGUUAGUUUCACCUUCA